AUGGGAAUAGUGACAUCAAUAUUUGGUCCCAGGGAUCCCAAAACACCAGUGAAGGGAUUCUUUCCGAGGCUUAAGAAUAUUUUAAAAGAGCAUCAUAGAGGAGUCAUUGGAGUGUUGAUACCGAUACUACUUUUAUCGUGGCAGCCUGAAAAAAAUAAGCACGAUAUAACAGUGAAAUGUUUGUGGAUCAUGAUGUUUUGGUUCUUCUUGUGGCAGCCGGUGAACGUGCCUGUGGUGGGUUUGGUGCCAGUGUUUCUGUUGCCAAUGGCUGGCGUGAUGGCCACCGCUGAUGUGUGCUCGGCUUAUUUCAACGAAAACAUAGCAUUAUUUAUUUUAUCUGGUAUGGUGUUACUGUUACUGAAUAUGUCGAACGUGGAUCGAAGGAUAAUACUAUGGCUGCUAUGUUCGGGUGAUAAUUGUCAAUUUUCUGGGAAAAGGCUGGUGUUCAAAUCUAGUGUCGCCGCUUUUUUCCUAUCAAUGUUUUCUAGUCGCCUCAUAGUGACCUCAAGUAUAGUUCAGUAUUUAGCACCGGCUUACAUGACUUUACAGUCGUCCACGGCAAGAUAUAGAGACACGGAGCCGAAUUAUGACACAAUGAGACAUGUUGUUUUAAAUUCUGUUCAAACUGCCUCUGCUAUAGGAAGUACGGCCAUUAUGCACUCGGCCUAUGCAACAAUAGCUAUGAGAGCGAUUUUUGCUGCACAAGGCGACAAAAAUGUAGAAUACCCGGAUAUAUUUAAUUUUAUGCAAUGGUCAUUCUUUGCGUUUCCGAUUGCCUUUUUGAUGUUUAUUCUAAACAUGUGUUACCACAUGCUGUUAAUUAACUGCGUAGUUGGCAAACCUAUGAGUGCAAGUAGUAUGACAGAGAUGAGAAAUUUGUUACUAAAAAGCAAGUCGACUAUCCCCAAACGUGUAUCUCGACAUGAGAAGUUGACAGUAAUAGCAUCUAUACUUUAUUUGGCGGCAUUGUUCUUCCGUUGGAGUCGCUGGUCUUCGGUCUCGUGGUCCAAGUUUCAGACUGUUCCGAAUUACGAUAACAUACCCAUGAUAAAAGAUGGGACAGUAGCAGCAAUAUUUGUGCUAGCGCUACAUGUAAUACCAAGGACCUGUGGCUGGGCGCGUAUACUUGCUGCUGAUAAAAAGAGUGAAUGUGGUUCCCUUAAGCCAGAUUCUGCUAUAAUGUGGUGGCGCUUUGUCGACAAGAAUACAAAUUAUGGAUAUAUCCUGUUAUUAGGUUCAGGUAUUGCCCUCAAUAGAGCAAUAGUACACAGCGGUUUAAACGCAAAAGUGAUAAGCGACUAUGGGACCUUCAUAACUGAUCAACCCUGGAACACUCAAAUGCUAUUAAUUAGUGCAAUAGCCGGUGUUUUGUCCAAUAUAAUGACUGGAGUGGCUGCUUGCGUUUGCUUUUUACCGUUAGUUCUGAAUAUGGGUGUAAGAGAAGGAGAAACACCUAGUCGAUGGGCUAAGGAAAGCUAUUUAGGAGCCAUCGGCGUGGGCUAUGCAUCUUCGUUUGGAUUCAUGAUACCGUUUUUGUAUACGCCUGCCUAUUUUUGCCAUUAUACCGGAAAAGUGCCAGUCAAGAAGAUGAUAAAGUACUCCAUAGGCACCCUGAUCAUCUGUGUGAUUGUGCUAUGGAUAGCUCUAUGCGUAUGGGCACCGGUGAUCUGGGAUCCCAAUGGCACGGGCUUCGAGCCGGUGACCAUAGCGGCGGCUGGGGCUCCGGAGGCCCCGCCCGCGGAGGGAGGGGGAGAGGGCGGCGGGGAAGAGGGGGGCGAAGGCCUGCGAUGA